AUGAAAAAAUUAAAAGAAGCACCAGUAAUCGUUGAAACAUCAGUUGGAAAAUUUCUUUUACGAGAUUUUCGUCCUCCAAUUCAAUUACGUACAUCACCAAGAAAAAAGAAAAAUAAAUUAAAAAAAGAAAUGAAAAGAUUAGAUGAAAAUACUUUAACAUUAUUAUCAAAUAAAAAACAACGAAAUAAAAAACGAAAAAGAAAAAUAAAUAAAAUAAAAAAACAAUUAAAUUUUGAUCAUAAUAAUGAAGAACAAGAAAAACAUUCAAUUUUAUUUAUUAUAACAAAUGAUGAACAAGAAAAUCAUUUAAAUGAUGAUGAAUUAACAAAUAGUAAAUAUAAUCUUUGUUUUGUUAAUUCAAAAACUCGUCGUGCUUUAAUAUUUUCUCCUCGAUCAUCUCGUAUAAGUCUUCUUGGUCUUUUUUCAUUAACACAAAUAUUUGGUCCACCUGCAUCAAUUCAUGGUUUUAAUAUUGAACCAUUAAAAUCUUAUUCAAUAUAUAAUCUUUCAUCACAAUCAUUAAUGUCUAUUGAAACUGCAUCAUUUUUUUCAAAAAGUUCAUUUCAUGAAAAUCAAAUUCUUUCAUUUUUUAAUGAUUAUCAUAUUGAAUUAACAUUACCAGAAAUUUAUAUUGAAUUUAUUCAAAAAUUAGCAAAAUUUCAUCAUGGUUUAUCAGUUUUUUUUAUUGAACAACUUGAAAUAACAUGGAUAGAAUCAAUGAAAGAAUUUAGUAAUAGUAAUCUUUCUAAUCAAUGGUUAUUUAAUUAUAAUGAUGAUGAUGAUGAUGAACAAUUUGAAAAUACAGAUGCUUUUAAACAAUUAUGGCCUGGAAUGGGAGCUUUCAAAGAUAGUUAUCAUCAUUCAAUUAUUUAUUCAAGUGAAAUUCGUUCAACAACCGAUGAAAUAAUUUCUCGUCUUUUAAAUAAAACUACUGAUGAUCCAUUAAUUGUAUUUGUUUGUGGUGCAAAAGAUUCUGGCAAAUCAACAUAUUUACGUUACUUAAUAAAUAAAUGUUUAUCUCAAACAAAUUUUCUUCCAAAAAUAACAUUUUUAGAUUGUGAUAUAGGUCAAAGUGAAUUUACUCCAAGUGGUUCAAUAUCAUUAAUAAAUAAUUUAACAGAACCAUUAUUUGGUCCAUCAGCAUCACAUUUAAAAAAACCAUUAAAAUCAUUUUAUUUUGGUAAUAUUAAAGUUGACAAUGAUAAAAUUCUUAAUUAUUUAAAUUAUGUUAAAUUAACUUAUGAUUAUAUUAAAAAUUAUCAACAUGAUUUAUUAGUUGUUAAUACAAUGGGAUGGGGAUCAGAUACGGGUCUUGUUAUAAUGAAAGAAUUAAUUGAUCUUCUUCAACCAACAAUUCUAAUACAAUUACGUUCAUCUAGUCCACAUUUUCGUCAUAUAAUGCCUGAUAUUAAUCCACAAUGGUCAAUAAAUGCACCUAUUUCAAAUAUUUAUCGUCAAACAAAUAAAAUUUCAUUAAAUUAUUCAUAUAAUAAAUAUGAUUAUAAUUUAUUAUUAACACCUGUACGUCAACAUAAUUAUGGAAAAUCAAAUUUAACACGUCAAGCAUGUCUUUGGUCAUAUUUUUCUCAACUUGAAAUAAAACAAUUAAUUAUGAAACCAUUAAUCGAUUAUAUUGAUCAUAUUGAAAUUUUACAAUUUGAAAAAAUUGGUAUUGGAUUAUUACAUCGACAAAUUGAACCAAAAUAUUUAUUACAAGUAUUAAAUGGAUCUAUUGUGGCUUUAUGUAGGAUUAGAAAUGAUAUGUUAUGUCACACAUCAAAUUCAUUUCCAGGAUUAAUUGAUGAACGAGCAAAUGUUGAAUGUCUUGGAUUUGGAUUUAUUCGUUCAAUUGAUAUGACUCGUCAUGAAAUUCAUGUAAUAAUACCUGAUCGUAGUAUACCAAAAACAAUGAUCAAUGCACUUAUUAAAGGAUAUGAUGAUUGUCCUGAUGAAUUUUAUUUUAUGUCUAUUGAUCGAUGGCGUGGUUAUAUGCCACCGUAUGUAACUGGAAUAUUCAAUUCUACAAUGUGA